AUGCCUGGACGGCAACAACUCCCUGCUGGUUGGGUCUCUUCUGACAACAGCAUCAACGGUAGCACUCCCGCAUCUCGCCAACGAUCUCCAGAGUCCAGUCAAGUCUCACAUCAACGCAUUCAGUUCGAUCCCGAUGCCGAGCGACCUUCUCACCACCAGCAUGACUCCGAGUCUAGCCACCUCAACCCCUACGCUCCGCCUGGUACCGAUGGCAAUCACGAACUCCGUCGCCGACGAUCCUCCAUGGCCGUCCGCCUCGAAGCACUCCGUCAAGCCGGUGGAGUGAACAGCAUCGACAAUUUCGCUCGUUCAUGGCAACGUGCCGCAGGCUUCUACGAGAUCACACCAGUACGGCCGAGCUUUCGAUUGGCCGACGACGAUGAGAUUCCUACAGGUGGAUUUGAUGAGGAGGAUGGUGGUAAUAUGGACAACACACCCAAGGGCCACCGAUCAAUGCUACGGCAUGCGUUGCGUAGCGGACAGACAGCUGGUGAUGAUGAUGCCAUCGACGACGACGUUUCCGUUGCUCCUACAGAGAAUGACACUCUGUUGGGUCGCGACAGGAGUUCACACCCGCAGGACGAGAACAUCUUCACAAUUGAGCCAUCGCUUCAGUCACCUUUCGGAGGAAGCUAUGGCAGCACGUGGGGCUCACUAUCGGCACGCGUGAACGAGUCAUCGAUGAGACACGCCGGACGAUUGUUUCGUCAACAGCAACAGCGCACUGUGAACGCGGCCAUCGCGGGUGCAGCACCAGCACAGGAUGAUGACAAGGCCAAUGCACCGCUGCUGAUCCGUCAGAUUGAGGAAGAGGACGGCAAGGUGGUGAACGUGGUAGUUGGUCAAUCAACGCUUCCGCAGACCGUCUGCAACAGCGUCAAUACUCUCAUCGGCGUGGGCAUCCUUGCUCUCCCGCUCGCCAUGAACUACAGCGGUUGGGUUCUGGGCAUCUUGUUCUUCUGCUUCGCGGCGCUGACUACCUGCUACACGGCCAAGUUGCUCGCCAAAUGUGCAGACGUUGACGGCAGUCUCAUUACCUUUGCAGACCUCGCGUUCGUCUCCUUUGGACCUUGGGCUCGCGUCGGUGUCUCUAUACUGUUCAUUCUGGAACUACUGGGCGCUUGUGUCGCUCUAGUCGUGCUUUUCGCCGAUUCCCUGAGUGCGCUCUUACCCUCCGCAGGCCUCACUCUCGAUGCGUGGAAGAUGCUAUUCGGUGUCAUUUUGGUACCACUCUGCUUCGUACCCCUGCGCUGGCUCUCCUAUACCAGUAUUCUCGGCAUUGUCGCUUGUCUCGGUAUCGUCCUCGCGGUCAUCAGCGACGGUCUCAUCCAACCCGCAGGUCAACCGGGCAGCCUUUGGCAGCCGGCGCCCACACAUCUCUUCCCGCAGCACUGGGCCGCGCUACCCAUCUCUUGGGGUAUAAUGAUGGCGCCUUGGGGCGGCCACAGUGUGUUCCCCAACAUCUACCGCGACAUGCGGCACCCGUACAAGUACCACAAGGCCGUCAACGUCUCCUACAGCUUCACCUUCACCUUGGACCUUGCCAUGGCCGUCGCAGGAUUCCUCAUGUUCGGCACCAAUGUCAAGGAUGAAAUCACCCGCAACAUUCUCCUCGCCACCGCGGGUGGUCCGGAUCCUGUUACUGGAGUGGUGAGCUCGGGCUAUCCUCCUGCGCUAUCGGCCAUUAUUGUCGUCGCCUUGGCCGUCAUUCCGUUGACAAAGGCUCCCCUCAACGCCCGUCCGAUUUACUCCACUCUAGAACUCACCCUGGGUUUAAGUCCUCAAGCAAUGGGAAUCGCGCCAGGAACUCAUGGCCUUGGCGGGCUGACCCGCGGCCUCCUCCGACUCUUCGUGCGCGCAGCCUGCUGUGCGACGUUUGUGGUUGUAGCGAUUUUGAUCCCGGAUUUCGAUCGGCUAAUGAGCUUGAUCGGCAGUCUGGCGUGCUUCGCCAUCUGUUUGAUCCUACCUUGUGCGUUCCACCUUCGCCUCUUCGGCAAGGAAUUGAGUCCUUGGAGGAAGACGGGUGACUGGGCGCUCAUCACGGUCAGUACGGUGCUGGCCGUGGUCAGCGUGGGCUUCACAUGCGCACCGAGGGAGGCAUUGGGUCUGGAUUGA